AUGCCUCGCGGCGCCAACAAAUGGCCGAGUUGUGCCUCUCCGGCCCCGAACAACGAGGCGGGGAGAGGCGGGAGGCAGCGCACCAGCGAUCGGGGGAUCGGGGCGACAGCCCCCCAGGGCACCCUUUACUCUCAGCCCGCCGAUCACACAGCGCGGGCCACUGCCGCCCCACUUCCCGCAGCUCCGCCCCGUGGCCCGGCCGGGGCGGUGAGAGGGGCGGAGCGGCGCGGCCGAGCGGAGAGAACCGAGCAGAAAAGCGAAGGGGGGCCCCUCGCGAGUUGGCUCUGCGCAGCCGCUGUUUGUGUAGCUGUUGGCUACUGGCGGCGGUUUCGACGUGCUCUCCCGGUCCUUGCUUGUGGAGGAGAGGAGGGCGGUGGUGGCUGGAAGGAAGGUGGCCGAGGAAGUGCCCGCUGGCUUUUCUAUCUGAGAGGGCUGGAGGAGAGCUGUCAGAGGCCUUUGCAUUACUCUCUGCAGUGGCACCUCAGCUUCACGGGGCUGGAGGCCAAAGCAGGGGGAAGCUGGUUUGCAGCCCACUCCAUUACAGUUCUAAGAGAUUCAGCACGUGAACACUGUCUGAACUUCAGAAGAGAACUGUCCUGCUCCAGAGUGAGUACUGCCUAUUCUCUCACAGAAUAG